AUGCCCCAUUUUGUCGAGUUCCGCGAGGAUCUCUUUUGCGGUCUCGUAUUUGUUCACGAUCGCCUUGUCGGGUUCUCUGACAAUGGCAGCGGUCACAAAAUGGAACGCUUGGAGGCCCCUGUGGACCUCGUCGAUGGUGCAUUGGAGGCGGUAUAGCUCCGAGCUUGGCACGUUUGGGUUGCCGACAGGUGCAUGCCUCUCGUUGUUGCCGAUCAAUUGGCCGUCCAGUCCUACAGCCUUGGCCGCUUGGAUAGGCGAUUUUCUCCCCGAGUCGUACUCAUGGCCGCCACUCUCCCCUCGGAGAUGCGGGGCAUUGACUGUUACUCUCUUGAUGUGGCUCCUGCUGUAGCCGUCGAGGAAUUCUCCCUUUCCUCGAAUCACGGGUAUCUCACCUGGUGGGUUCAACCCCCUCGCUUCCCCAUAGUCCGGUCCUAUGCCCGGGCCCACUCCGGCUGGUCUCGCAGGAUUCGCUCGCGAUCUGCUGGGCCAGCCGCCUUCCAGCAGCUGCCGUAGUCCUUGCCCACCAUCUCUCGCUUGCUGCUGGAGAAAUGUCCCGCCACCGCCGAGCGGCAGCGUUGGCUCUUGUUGGCCUUCGGUGGCGGCAACCCAGCCGCCACUACUGGUUGCAUCCGCCACGACGCUGCCAGGCUCCUUCUUCUUUAUCGACUCCUCCACCAGGGCCGCCAAUCGCGAAACCUGCAGUUACCAACUUGCAAGCUCUGCAUCGCUGCCCUCCUGCACCGGCGGGCGGAUCUGUUCUCCGCUCGCAGCAGUGCGCUCUUCGUCUCCAGCAGAGCUCAUCCCGAUGUGGCUUCCCUCGAGGGACGAAAAUCUCUCUAGAGUGUUUGCGGCCUACGCCACUUAU